AUGGGUGGGCAAGACGCUGCUGUCUUCCUGCGGUCCCAACUGGGGCGGGAGCCAACUAUUCAGGCAACAACUGGGCAGGUAGUUACUACAGCCCAAUUACUGAAAAAAGAAGCGAACAGCGCAGGGCAGGUGAGCCGGUGUCCCCACCUGCACAAGCAGCCGGUUGAAAUACGAUUGGAUGACUACGAGCCGUACAACUUGGCGCUGAAAUCGACCGAAUUGGAAUUCACUUUGGGAUACAACUUGACCAUCAUUAAGUCCCGUCUUUCCGUUAAGAACUAUGUGGGCGGCGACAUUAUCCUUCACGGCUCCAAGGACACUCAUCUCGACCAGAUUGUCUUGUUGUUCAACCGAACGGUGGACCACACAGUGUACACAUACCGCCGGAACCUCAUGAAUUUGGUCUGCCUGAAUGACGAUCAUAACCUGGUUAUCAAAGAAGAGCACGUACCCAGUGCACGGGGUGGCACUGCACGCAUGUCGCGGUUCAUUUUGCUCUUGACUACACACGUGAACCCGGAAGCGAACAAGUUGUUAUUUGGUUUGUAUCGAUCGCGUAAUUUGUUGAUAACUCAGAAUGAGUCGUCAGGGUUUAGACGCAUCACGUUCUACCCCGACAGACCCGACGUGAUGUCUGUCUUCACCACCACGAUCAAAGCCGACCCAAAAGUGUUCCCGGUUCUCCUUUCCAACGGAGAGAAGGUAAGCGAGGGGGAUACCGCAGUACCCCUCGCAGACGGCAGUCUUGGUGUCGUCCGUACGGUAGUUUACCACGAUCCGUAUCCGAAACCAUCCUACUUGUUCGCCUUGGCCGCCGGUAGACUCCACCGUCUAGAACGCCAGGUACUUGUAGGCAGACCCUGCACUGAGGCUCUAGACACACUCACAGACCUACUCGGCAACUCCCCCAAUCACGCUCUGGCCGCACUCUGCAAGACCCCGGAAGCCGUCUUUGAGGACGUAAUCGUUGAUUACCAAACUCUACCACAAACCAGACUAAACUACCGAACUGACUACCGAACCGGCAACUACCGACCCUCCAGCACCACUCUCCGAUUACCCCAGACCCAGAUAUAUGCACCCAGCUCGCGACUGCAGUCUCCUGUCUUGCAGUCUUCAACCUUGCAGUCUCCAGUCUCAGGCCUGGUCGCCGGACACCUGGAUAACUUAGCGACGAAGUCCGGUAAGGGGAGAGCUGCGGUACCCACUCAGUCGCAGCGACUAGCUUCCGCCAGGCCUGCUGCCUUCUCUCCUGGCGGGCCGUAUGGUCCUUUCCCCCAGACGGGCAGUAACAUAGGCGCUCCACUCCGGAUCCCGCUCGAGAAGAGAACCGGCCAACUUCCCAUGUCCUAUGGCGGAUCCAUCGACGCGGCACCGCCGUCACGCUCGACCUCAUCUGGCUCUACCCCAUCCGGCUCCACCGCGUCUGGCUCGACCGCAUCUGACUCGACCAGAUCUGGCUCCUACAAUCUCAUGAGACCUGCCAGUCUUCGGCAACUGCAACAACUUUUCUCACCGGGCGUGGCCGUCAAUGACUUUAUUGGUGCGCUCUUCGGCCUUACCACAGACCGGACUGCCAAACUGGCGUCAUUCGACUGGCUCAAAGGCCUCACGGGAAGCAAGUCUGAGUUGGUAACCGAUCUGUCGGAGUCGUCCACUGCUGGUCGUUUGGAGUCGUCCGCUGCGCUGCAAUUCGCGCUUGCGAUGGAUGGGGCUGAGAAUAUUGGGAGUGAGAACACUGGGAGCGAGAACGCGCACUUCUUGGUCAGUGAGCAGCUGCUGGCGAGUGGGGACCUGGACCCCGGCCGACCGGACCUGUUGGCUCGAGAGCUCGUGGCCGAGGAAGCGGACCGCGACGUGGAGACUGACCUGCGUGAGACCGGGCUUCUUGCCGAGCGUGACUCGCCGGCCAUCUUCGACAAGUCUGAAGUCGUCCCGGUCUUCGUCCGGCCGGAGGCACCACCCAGUGCGCGAGAGUCAAUCGUAGAUCUAGAUCGACCGAAAUGGGCCGAUCUCCAAAAAACACCACCGCCCACGUCCGUCAAGACGCAGACGGCGGAACGCACCCUUGGCUCCGUGACGCCGACCACCGCCACCACCUCUACCGGCACGUCCUCUUACACACGAAACGGUCGAAGCUUCGACCUCCGCUGUGCAAGCUAG